AUGGUGAAUGACAAGAGUCCUUUAGGCCAGUUGAAAGACUUGGUGGAACUGAAGGAUCAGCUUGAGGACAUCCAGAAACGUAUGGAAGAUGAGAUCCAGGCCGGAGUUCCUGCUGGUGGCAGUCUACUGGCUUCCCCUUUUUUGAAGGGCUUCCUGGCUGGAUACCUGGUGGCCAGGUUCCGCUCGUCAGCGCUGCUGGGCGCUGUUGUUGGGACGUGCACAGGAAUCUACGCUGCGCAGAACUAUAAGAUUCCUAAUGUGGAGAAUACGGUAAAAGACUACAUCAGCAGCUUGAGAGGAGGACGCCAAUGA